GACAGCGAGGUCUAUUCAGUUCAGUGGUUCACUGUUCACUGCAGUAUGGUAUAGGCCUAAUCAUGGGGUUCAUCGGUCAUCGUAGGCGCCUCUAGUCUGUGCGGAGUACCUCGGUAGAUCUGGGCUUGUUGCGUCAGUCAACACUUUAAUUGACAAUGCUGUGUUGGGAACCUGCUGGUGUGUGUGUGUGUGCUCGCGCGCUUUGGGAAUCUGUCAACUGAUUUUGGAGGAUUAGUGUCAAUGUACAUCUGAUGUCCGAACUUUGACCGUGGUCAUCGUCAUGUCACUCUGACCGGGCCCGCGGCACGUGCUGGGGGAGGAAGGAAGGAAGAAGAAGGAAGAAGAAGGAAGAAGAAGAAGGAAUAAACCAGUGUGACUUUGGUGUGUAGAGAUAUCUUUCUGGAUGCUGUCUCUGUGUGUGCGGUAGUACAGAUUCCUUGUGCAAGCUCCCCCCAGACGCUCAGCACCAAUGCCCCCUCAGUGACAGUGAGAGAGGUGAGGUGAGCCGUGAUGGCGUCAGCGGAAGUGGGCGUGGCCCCGGACGGUGGGUGGGGGUGGGCGGUGGCUGUGGGCGGGUUCUUCGUCUCCUUCUUCCUGGAUGGCCUUGAGUACAGCUACGGCGUGCUGCUGCCACACCUGAGGGCGGAGUUCAAGGCCGACAUGUCGCUGCUCACCUUUACUGGAGGUCUGCUUACGGGCGUCUGUCUGGGCAUGGGCGUGGGUAUUGGCCUCAUCUACCUACCCUCCAUCACCACCAUCAACCGCUACUUCCACAAGAAAAGGGGUGUGGUUGUGGGCGUGGCCACCUCAGGCUCGGGCCUGGGUCUGCUCGUCCUCGCCAUCCUCAUCGACCUCCUCAUCUCGGAGUACGGCUGGCGGGGCUGCUAUCUCAUCAUCGCCGCGGUGUACCUCCACCUGUGUGUCUGUGCCAGCCUCAUGAGGCCGCUAGGGGGGAGUCACGUCAAGACGGCGGACGGGGAGGAGGAGGUGGGGUGUUCAGACAGUGGGGGGGUGUCGGAGGGAGAGGAGUGUUUGGUCGUUGGCGAGACCAGAGUUUGUCCGGACGGUUGGGGUGACGUCACUGUGGGGAAGACGUGUCCGUCCGAGCAGUGUGACCUUGGCACAGGUCAAGGUCAAGGCUCAAACUAUAACGUGCCUGUGUUGACAUCUACACAGACCCCACACAUAGAGCAGACUCUGCUGGGAAAAGACCAAAACGACAAGAAUCUGCUCCUGGAAGGUUCCAAGUACCCUCGUGGUUUUAGUGGCAGCAGCAACAAAGAUGGGGUCAAUGACCCCCUACCUUCAACAAAUCACCACCAACAGAUGGCGCAGCAGAUCCUUCAACACCACUCCCACCACCACAAACCACAUACGCACCACGGCAGUCUACAGGACACGUCCAACAAUGAACUUCUAAACAACCUCCCUAGCGAUCUCCUACACAUUCCCCCAGAAUGCAUCAGCGUGUCCUCUCUGUCUAUCGCCUCUCUACGCUCCCGGUCCCUGCAGUCUCUGAGAGCAAAAUCCUUGAAUACAUCAUGCACUCACUCACACCUCUCGGUCGACCAGAAGGUUGUUGUAGCGCCUGACGUCACGGCCCGCGUGAGUCCCCUGUCCCUGCUGAGACUGGCGGGCUUUGACCUGUUCUGUGUCGGCGCGUUCCUCAUCCAGGUGGCCGCCAGCAUUCCCGCCAUGUUCACACCCUCCUACACGCUCAGCCUGGGCCUGGAUCAGACGUCUGCCGCCACCGUUGUGUCUGUUCUAGGUAUCGCCAACACCGUGGGCAGGUUAGUGGCGGGGUUCCUGGCUUACCUCAAGGUGGGCUCAGUGCGGAUCUACAACACGGGCACCUUCCUGGCCGGGCUGGCCUGUUACUUCCUGCCUGCAUGCACCACCUACCCCACACUGCUCACCUUCGCAGUCUGCCACGGCUUCUUCCUGGGUGCGUUCCCGCCACUACAGAGUGUGAUCCUUGUGGAACAGCUGGGCCUGUCUCUGCUUCCUGCCUCGCUGGGCAUUGUCUGUCUGUGCAAGAGUGUGGCAUCUGUGGUGGGACCUACACUGGCGGGUGCACUGUUUGAGGCCGUGGGUACCUACUCCGUGCCGUUCUACUUCGCCGGCGGGAUCCUCACUCUGUCCACGGUUCUACAUUGUGUCAUGAGCUUCUGCCCGCGCCCCCAAACACAGUGACAGCUCAGAGAUGUGUUUUGUUUUAGUAAGGUUUUAUGGCGCUCGCAUCAGCAUAAGGUCAUAUGAGCGCCAA